AUGCUCGAUUCAUUGUCCGAAGAGGACAUUUCCGCCGUCCAGCUGAAGAUCCUCAUUCCUUCGAACGCCGCCGGCGGCGUGAUCGGUAAGGGUGGCGAGGCGAUUGCCACCAUCCAGCGCGAGACGGGCACCAAAGUGAAGAUGUCUAAACUGUACGAAUUCUAUCCCGGUGAGUCGAGCUAA